CCAAUCACCUCCCAGUCCUUGCACAGGAAGCUUCCUGCAUCGACAGCUGCUUAAAGUUAAAUAUUAAGUUUUCUGAAUAUUUACAUUAGUAAUUGGCUACUAGGUUUCCGGUACACUGACAGAUUGUACCCAUAGCUUUUGGUCAGCCAGCUGCUUUGGCAGAGUGCUUGUGCUGUCCUCAUUUUCGAGGGAUUGAGUACUCAGUUGUGGAUUUUCACUUAACCCAGACUUCUGAACUGCGGAGCUUGCACUCUAAUGGAUUGAUGUGUGCAAUGGCUGGAUAGGAUUGAACCUAGAUUUAAUUUGUCUCUUGCCCACGCAGACUUUUCUUAAUCUUCUAAUAAACAAGGUGUAAGGAGACUUGGACUGGGUAUGUGGUUACCUAAAUUGCCUGUCUUGCUCGUUGGUUAACCUUGGAUGAGGCAGAUAAGUGUGAGAUGCACACUGUGACUUCAGGCAGACCUCAAGCGUCAGAGUAUGUAAUUUUAGAGCCCAAGAUAAUUUACUCUAUGAUGUGUGACAUGUACUCCUGAGUCAGAUCUGCUCCUUUUGGUUUCAUUGGCCUCAUUCUGUGGCCUAAAAAACUGUUCACAUGAUGCAUUAUUGGAAACAUCCUGGCACAGAAGUGGGCAUCACACCUAAAAGUAUAGUGGAGCUUUGACAGAUCCAGUCUGAAGACAAACUAAGCAGGUACAGCACAGUGCUCUCAAUACUACAGACAUGUCUGCUUUAAGCACUGUUCAGAUUAAAGAAGCGAAUGCUCACUUGGCAGCACUACACCACAGAGUGGCAGAGCUGGAAGGUACAGUGAGGGAACAAGCUGAAAGUCUCAUUCGUAAGGACGAGCAAUACCGAGCUUCUAUAAGGGAUAUUGCAGAUGCCAAAAACAGGGAGAUUGCUGAAUUUCAGAAGAGGUUGGCACAAUCGGAAGAGGAAACGCAAAGACUGGUGGCUUCCAUCAAGGAUAAGGACAGGGAGUUGGAGCGCCUUCGGCACCACAGUCGCCUCCUGGCCCAGAUGUGUCACAGCCGUCCGCUUUUGGAUGCUUUAGUUUCACUUAUGGCAGAGGCUGAAGGAAUUCCACGUUUAUCUACCCUGGAACAACACAAUGGCCUUCCGAAGAUACCAGACUACCCGCAAAGUGAUGGAGACCUUGAAGACUCAGAUGUAGACAGGACACUUUUCGGGACAACUGUCUAAAGAAAACACAUGUUAUUUACAUUUACUAUCUCUAUAUUUUAAUGCUAAAAAUAUGUAUUAGUAUAUUUUUAUAAGUACAUAUUGUUACUAAAUGUAGGGUUUCCCUUACAUUCUUAUCUUGGGUAUCUUGUGUCAUAUUUUCAAUUACUGGGAAAACACUAUCUGAUUAUCUUUAAUGGGCAUGUUAUGUUCUAAAAGUUUAUUUUUAGUACAUUUUACACAGUUACCAUCAUUGUACUUUUUUUUUUUAACUGGAACUUUUUUUGCUGGAACCCCUAUUCCCACCCUUGUUUCUCUUACACCGCUUUCACACAGUUAGCACGGUUCGCACCCGGGAAUUGUACACGGCUCUUUCCUGGGGGCGACCCACGUUUCAGACUGGCAACGCGACCCAGCAAUAUACUGGGAUAUUUGUGUGGCGUGAAAGGGGUAUUACAUACUCAAGCUCUUCACAGCCAUUACCAUUAUUGCAAGAGAGGAAAAUAAUAAUAUGUUGUACAUAUAUGUCAUAACACAUUUGUGACUAAUUGGGUGCUGAUAUUACAAGGGAAUUCUGCCAAUGGAAAUCCUUCAAAAAGGAAAUGGGAUUUACAACCAACAUCACUUUUCCAAAAUAUGACUUUUUAGGAAAGUUUUGUUGUGUUAGUUAAUUGUAUGGGAAAAUUUCUUAUAUUGGUUUUCAUACUAAAAACUAUUGCUAUUUAACUUUAUAUGCAAAACCCAUAAGCCUAUGACAUAAACACUCUGCAGAUUAUUUGCAGUUACUUGUGGUUCAGGUACUACUAUUGGAAGUGCAUUUCAGUUACAUUUAGACUUACUGUAAAUAGUAAAAACAAAACAUUUGUUAAAGGUGAGAAAAGAUAAUACAUUGCACCGCUAGGAUUACAUUGGUUGUUAUAGCACUCCUGCUAUGUGCACAAUGAUGGCCUUACCACUGAUAGACAAGAUAUAUCUUUCAGGGGCUCCACAAUUGGCUCUUGGUCCCUACAAGGGUUCUGUACAGUUGCUUUGCCAAAAAGGAAAGCCAAUCACAUUAUCAGCUCAGAGCCUUAGCAUGAAGUGUUUAUGCCUCUCUUUUAGAAGGAAAGCCUAUGAUUCAGUCUGGAGGCAUUUGAUAUCCCGGCUGUCGGGAUCCUGGCGCUCAGCAUACUGGCGCCGGGAUCCCGACAGCCGGCAUACUGACAACUAUUCUCCCUCUUGUGGGGUCCACAACACUCCUGGAGGGAGAAUACAUAGCGUGGUGACAUAACGUAGUAGACCCGAUCAUCAGCUAGUCUGCUAUAUACACUGUGUGAUAAUUUCAUGGCUUUAGAAUCACAGGGAGGAGUACCAAAGAGGGAAAAUACUCUGCACAAGGACUUAGUGGCCCCUGGGACAACUGCUGUUCCUCACCACUGUUCUAUUCCUACUCUCAGGUAACUUAAUCAGUGUUCCAUUAACAAGUUGUUAUAGGUAUUAUUUAAUCAAUUGUGGAAAAUGAUUUAUCUCUUUUUGGUGUGCCGUAUGCAAGCCCCCAAUUUCCACAGUUAUUGCACCAUUUGUCUUUAAAAUAUUCAUAUUCUAUGUAUAUGCACACUAUUUUCUUUAUUUGUGAAUACAGCAUAAACAAAUGGGUAAAUUUACUAAGAUGGGAGUUCUAUUUAAGAUGGGAUGUUGCCCAUAGCAACCAAUCAGAUUCUAC